UCGAAAAAGCUUGCAGUGACACUCACUGAUCUCAUAACGGGACACAAUACACGCAGUUGGUAACAUUUCGUAGAGACUUACAUAAACGUACAUGCGUACUCAUACACACAAAGAGACACAAGCACACGUUCACAUACACAAUUAUUAUAUACACUCAGGUACACAUAACACACGUAAAUGCAAGCAUAUACAUGUAUGGACGCUCACAUAUACGCAUCCAUAGUUGUACGUACAUACAAUAGAAUUAAUGACAAUAUCAUAUCGACCGACAGCAAAACAAGGACAAAACACACGGUGAAACACAAACACACAUAUGCACGUUGAGAUGCAAUUACAUAUUGCUCUUAAUCAAUAUACACUCACACAUGCACUCACAUACACAUAUAAGUAUGUAUGUAUGUAGAUAGAUAGAUAGAUAGAUAGAUGAUAGAUAGAUAGAUAGAUAAAGUAGAUAGAUAGAUGGAUGGAUGGAUAGAUAGAUAGAGUAGAUAGAUAGAUGGAUGGAUAGACAGACAGAAGACAGACAGACAGAUAAAUAAAUAGAUAGAUAGAUAGAUAGAUAGAUAGAUAGAUAGAUAGAUAGAUAGAUAGAUAGAUAGAUAGAUAGAUAGACUGAUCGAAUGAUAAAUCUACAUGCAAAAUAAAAUAAUAGUAUGUAUGCGUAUAUAUAAAUAUAUAUACGCAUACAUAUAUCUAUCUUCAACUUCCAAUAUUUACAUAAAUACACACACACACACAUACAUAUAUAUUUAAAGUACACAAAAAAACACACACACACACACACACACUCACGCACACACAUGAACAAGUCAUAUAGCUGUCCUUUCCAAUCAAUCAUACAAUCGCACAGAGGCUCGCAUACAACAGAACGAACCUUUCCAACAAACAGUGACAGCAGACACAUACAGACAUUGACAGACCUUCACAGACUCACACGGAGACAAGCGCGCGCACACACACAUACACAUACGCAGACACACCGACUAACACCUUUAUACUCCCCCUCUAACUCUCUCAUAAACACACAAACACACACACACACACAUACACACACAUUCGCAUGCUAACCCUUACCCUAACCCUAACACCCUAUACGUUCAUGCAUAGUACAACCACACCGACAUAGUCAGCUCUCUGUAAGCGCAUCGGAUGUAUUACAAACUACCUAUUGCAGGCAGCUCUCGAAUCUUUCCUACACGUGGGACACAGCUCACAUGACAACCGAAAGUAUUAACCAUUGAAGUAAUAUUGGAAGAAACGAGAAAUUUAUGGAUACUGUACAAGGAAAUAGCACGGAAAUUUCAGCGUAAAUUUUGUUGUACGAAUCAUGGGAAAGUAUUUUUACUCAAACAAAUUUAGGACAGUUUGCUUGAAACUGUCAAGAACUUGGACACUUUGAUUUCAGUUUAACACUCAUAGAAAAAGAAAAAAAUUGAAAUCAUAGGAGCGAAAUCAAAUUUCUAGGAGCGAUAACAAAUCUAAUUUCUAUCAGAAUGUUGAAUGUGUCCAAAUUUGGCCUAACCGGAUUGUUCAUUUUACGUCAGAUGUACAUUUUAGUGGCUGCUCUGACAACAGAAGAGCCACCAGCUGAUACACAUGGGCCAGUUUUCACGGAAGACGUACCAAACCCGGUUGUGUUUGCCAAUACUAAAGGGGCGUCAAUUGAUUGCACGGCGCACGGUUUACCUCCACCAAAACUCAACUGGAUACGAAAGGAUGGCACGGUCGUCAAAGAUAUUCCCAAAGUACUUCAGGUACUUCCAAACAAUACCCUGUAUUUUCUACCUUUUGAGCCAAACCUAUUUCAACCAGAUGCUCAUUCGCAGGAAUACCGUUGCAUAGCGAAAAAUAAAGGUGGGAAAAUUAUCAGUCGCCCUAUGCGCAUAACAGCUGUUGUUGUGGACCGGUACAAAGUCUACAAUGUUCAGUUAAAUGAUGUCUGGGUGAUCAGCAACGGUACAGCCAUCUUAAAGUGUCUCAUUAACCCACGUUUUGUGAAUGAAUACAUUAAGGUUACGAAAUGGACUCAGGAUUCAAAGCCUAUCACCGAUCACGACCGAGUUUCUGCAAUGAACAAUGGAGAGCUACAUGUCCGCAACGUGCAGGAUUCGGAUACUUCUUUGGUAUAUCGUUGCGUGACACGAAAUAUACUGACACAAGAUAGUAAGACAAGUCCUCCUGCUUCUAUACACGUCCAUGAUCCUCCAGUUAUUUUCAACACACCAAAUAUUGAAACUGCUGAUACAGGUUUGAUAAUCCAGGUUGGAAAGACAGCGGAACUACCAUGUGUAGCCACAGGCAAUCCUCUACCAAACUACAAAUGGGCAAAAGGCAGCAAAACUAUUGUCAGUGAUAAAAAGAAAUUUGAGCAAAAGGGUGGAAACCUUGCGAUACACAAUUUAACUGUCACAGACAGCGGAGACUAUAAAUGUAGGGCUUUUAAUAAGAAAGGUUCAACUACAGUGUCAAUACAGUUAACGGUUACAUCACCGCUCAGCGCUACUCUAUAUCCAGCCGACCAGAUUGUUGAUGCAGGUCGCGUGGCUACCUUCAACUGUUCAGUGCAGGGUUCCCCAAUAAACGAAAUUACGUGGUACCACAAUGGAGAGCCCCUCACCAACAGCAGUAGAAAACACAUCAUUGUUGAUAACUGGCUGCAACUACCGGCUGUGAAUAGAAAUGACCAAGGCAUGUACCAAUGUAUAGUAGGAAAUGAUGUAGAUAUGUCGCAGGCAACUGGAGAACUACGCCUUGGAGCUGCGCACCCUGCCUUUCUAGAAACGUUUGUCAGUGAUAUAGUACAACCCGGCUCCAACGUCACCUUUAAAUGUGCUGUAUCUGGAAACCCACCUCCGACAAUCCGCUGGACUUUAGAUGAUGAAUUGAUCUAUUCCAGUGACAUUACAACGAUCAAAACAUACGCAACAGAGCAAGCAGAUGUAGUCAGCACUUUGCAUAUAACAAAUAUCCAAGUACAAACGGGUGGAGAAUACCGAUGUAUUGGAUCAAAUGUUGUAGGGAAAGUCACUCACAUGGCUAGAGCUAAUGUUUAUGGUGUUCCAUACGUUCGUGUGUUGCAAAAUAUCACAGCUACAGCAAAGCAGCCAUUAAUUAUGAAAUGUUACGUCUCCGGAUAUCCAAUUGGGUCGAUUACCUGGUUCAAAGGGAAAAUAACCCAAAAAGAAGCAAUGGCAUGGGCCUCGCAGGCAUUACCAAUAGACCAUCGGCAAAAGGUGGUAAACGGAACCUUAACAGUGGAAGAUGUACAAAGCGCCUACGAUGAUGGUGACUAUACGUGUACUGCGGCCAAUUCAAAGGGGGAAGGAAUGAGCAGAAAUGUGUUGGUUCGAAUUCUAGAACCACCUACAAUAGCACCAUUUAGUUUCCAAAAGCAAACACAAGCCGGUCGAAGAGUCACAGUGAUUUGUCUGAUCAGCAGCGGAGAACUACCCAUAGUCGUCGGUUGGUUGAGGAAUGGACAAGUGAUACCUCCAGACCUUGGCAUUACCGUAAAGCAAACAAUACAGUACAACAGUUUACUAUUUAUUAAAGAAGUGAGUCCCCGACAUAAUGGAAACUACACUUGCUACGCUAAUAACUCGGUUGGCUACGAUAGCUAUACGGCCAGUCUUGUGGUUUAUGUUCCACCUCGAUGGAUCGUAGAACCUAAAGAUUCAUUUGCUGUUCUUGGAAAAUCAGUUCAGCUUCAUUGUAAGACAACGGGAACCCCGACUCCGUCCGUUAUUUGGCAGAAAGCAAAAGGAAACAUUCUCGGAAACUAUGUUGACAUGAAUUAUACUCAAAGUACAUCAUCUUCACAAACGGGUGACGCACGAAUGCAACUAUUAGAAAAUGGAACUCUGUUGAUUAAUUCAGCUGAGGAAACGGAUCAUGGCUAUUAUCUUUGUCGUGCUAGUAAUGGCAUUGGUUAUCCUUUAAGUAGGGUUGCUCAAUUAACAGUUCACAUUCCUGCAAGGUAUGAAGACGAUGGUCAGAAAAAUUACACUGUUAAGAAAUCAGAGAAUAGCACCAUGGAAUGUAAAGCGAGUGGAGAUGAACCGAUUUUUGUGACAUGGCGUUUUGGUUCUGAUACUAUAAAUAGUCAAACCAAUUCAAGACUAAAAGUGGAGAAUAUUGGCACUAUUUCACGCCUGCACGUAACUGGAGCGGUUCGAGAAGACAGUGGCAUCUAUGUUUGUAAUGCUGAAAACAAAUAUGGCUAUGGAGAAACAACACGUCGCCUUAUUGUCGUGGAGCCUCCCGAACGGCCUCUUCACUUGAAACUAGAGAGUCGUGCCAGUCGUUCUAUGAAUAUAUCCUGGGACGAACCUUAUAAUGGCAACAGUUACAUCACAUCGUACGUGCUGCAAUUCAAGAAUGAAUCUGAUAUUUGGAAACCAGCUCCGUCCAAUGUGACUGUCAUAGCAACAGAUGCUAUUCCAGCAGGUAGUAUUUCAGGUUUACAUCCGUCCUAUAAAUACCAAAUUCGCGCCUUAGCUAUAAAUGCAAUUGGAAUUGGGUCACCCAGCACGGUCAUAACUGUGUCAACUGAUGAAGAAGUGCCUUCAGGACCACCUACAGACGUUAGAGUACAAGCAAGCGGAUCAACAUCCUUAAAAGUCACUUGGCGGGCUCCUCUCUACCAAGAACAAAAUGGCAAAAUCUUGGGUUACUAUAUUGGAUACAAACGACACAAUUCCAGUGAUUCGUAUGUUUAUCGAAAAAAGCUGACUGAAAAUAACAGCGAUUUGGAACAACAGAUCAAAGAUCUUUUGAAAUUCACUCGUUACGACCUCCAUGUCCGUGCUUACAAUUCAAAAGGUUUAGGACCAAUAACAGACGAUGUAACAGCUUUUACUUUAGAAGACGUACCCAGUUUGCCACCUCAGGAAGUCCGCAUUCGUGAUAUAAAUCCCGACAAUAUCCGAAUAUCAUGGGUUGAACCACCGUAUUACACCGUUCAAGGUGUGCUCCAAGGCUAUAAAGUCCUUUAUAAGGAAGUACGAGCUGAUGAAGAUGAAACGGAAGCCAGUUAUGUAACAACCUCCAAGCUAGAGACUGUUGUUCCAGAUCUUAAAAAAUAUACCAACUACAGCAUUCAAGUGUUGGCCUACACUAUUAUGGGAGAAGGAGUAAGAAGUGAGCCUAUCGACAUAAGGACGAGAGAAGAUGUACCGUCACAGCCACCUAAUGUGAAAGUUAUCACUGAAAAUCGAAAUACAGUUUUGCUUCUGUGGGAACCUCCGGUCCACCAGAAUGGCAUUCUCAUCAAAUACAUAAUCCGUUAUUCAAACAGUUCAAGAGGCCCUCCGAAUAAAAAGAGUCCAAAACUGGAAAUUAAAGCUCGAAGGACAAGUUAUAUGAUAAGUCGUUUGUUAGAAGGACAGGAGUACAUGUUUACAGUGAGCGCAUGUACAUAUGUUGGUGAAAGCCUUCCGAGCGAUGUGGUUCGAGCAACCCCAACUGACAAAGUUCCGGCUCGAAUUACGAAUUUCUCAAGGGAGAAAACUCUCUAUUGGAAAACUAAUUCUAUUCUGAAAUGUAACGCUCGUGGAAAUCCUCUCCCACUGAUUUCAUGGAUAAUGAAUGACAAACCAGUUCUACUCAGUAAUACGGUGCAAAAGCUUCCGUCGGGCUCUUUAAAUUUGAAGAGUGUUCAAUUCACAGAUACAGCUAAUUAUACAUGUCGUGCCGAAAAUAUAUAUGGUAUUGAGGAAAUUGUAAUUUCUGUUAAAGUUAUAGUGAAACAGAAAAAUCCAGUUGUACCUCUAGAACCAAUAUUAGUGUUGGCUUCAUCAACAUCAUCUACCAUCCAGGUUAAUUGGAAAUCUAGACACAAUGGAGGAAGUAAAAUUAAAGGAUUCUAUGUCAAAUUCAAAAAAGAACACGGAGAAUGGCAGUCUUUGAAAGCUGAUUCCAUAAGCCGUACAUACAUAUUCAAAGGAUUGCAAUGUGGAACAGGAUACCGAUUUAUUGUCAACUCUUUUAAUAUAAUUGGCGUUAGUGGUGACAGCACACAGAUCAAUGCCAAAACCAACGGUUCUUGUAAGUUGCCCUAUUUUUAGUUUCUGACUCAAAGAUUUGAAUAACUGUAAGAGGUGCAUUAAUGUAAGCCA